CCUCGAGCACAAAGCCGCAUUUAGCUUCCAGUAAUAACAGAGGGGUGACAUAACGUGCCAUGCACAGGGAAGACACAAAGACACUCUUUAAGUCGGACUUUCGUGAUCAAAUGCUGAGGUGUUGGAUCCAAGUGGGAUUCUACACAAGAGUUAAGUGUCCAGUGUCAUGAAACUUAAUCCACGCCAGGCUCCGUUAUAUGGCAGUUGUGUGCUCACCGUUCAGCUCAGCAAUGACGAGCUGUGUGAGAGAGAGGACUUGGAGUUUUUCCUGCACUUCACCGGAUCUACUCAGAGGCACGUGAGCAGCACACUGAAGAUCAGCCAUGACACCCUACAGCUGGUGUGUCCAGCUCAUGACCGCUGUGAGUCGGUGGUGGUCACUCUGUGUUCCCGGGGUCCAGAUGGCCUCGUUCAUCACCUGUCCUCAGAGCAGAUGUGUUUUGUCCAGGACUUGGCCUUGGACAUGGCCCAGUUCCUGGUGAGUGCAGUGGGCCAGGAUGAAGGGACAGAGGGCGCACUGCUGCUGAACGAGUGUCACAUCCCUCUGCAGGAGUGUGAGAAGAUGGACCAGAGCCUGGCGCUUGCCUUCAAACACCUCACACUGCCUCCGGACUGGAGUGUUUUAGGGGGCAACAACGAUCUGGCGCCUCAGGAGACUCUUCUGCACUUUGCUGCUCGUCGUGGACUCCAGCGAGUGGCGUCCUUUCUCCUGCAGCAGCCUGGAGCGAGACAAGCACUGGCACUUCCAAACAGAGAAGGCGCGACCCCGGCUACCCUGGCACAGAGCUGCGGACACAGUGCACUGCUAGAGCUACUCACACAGGAGGAGACGGGCACUCAGGAUAGCACUGAGACACAUAGACGACUCUGCUCUGGUGCUUGUGUGGUGCAGCACCACCCGGAUCUGAACACCUACACCCUAUCAGCGGUCAUCGAGCCUGGCACAACGCCACACUGCUUGAUUUCGGACGUGCAAGACUUGCACAGCGUGAUUCUACAAAACACAGCCCAGGUCGAGCUGCCACACAUCGCUGAAGAAUGUGCAGCCGACCCGGAGGUCUGUUUUGAACAAUCACAGGGCAACUCUGUCAACACCACAGAGGAAGAGUUCGUGCCUGUGUGUGAGAAAACAAACAAAAACGAGCAUCCAGGUCCACCGCAGUGCAGAGAAGAUGACGGAGAUCGUUGCUUAAGCGCCAAAGCUCCUGAGUCUCUGUCAGACAAUGGUAACUGUGAUGAGGAACGGGCGUGUUCUUCUGAAAACAUCGACCAAGAUUAUGGAGCACAAGCAGAGAGCGUAGCUGCUGGCAUACUAGGAGAUAGCAGUGACAGCUUACAGAACAGCUCUGAGGGAGAAAGUGCAGCCCCAUCCUGUGGAAAGGAGCAAGAGGAAACUGAUAGAGCUCAGGACCUGGUCUGCGAGGCACGGCAGAGCACCGAGGAGCCUGAAAGGGAGGUCCAGGAAGAGGGGCGCAGCUUGCUGAGAGCAGAUGAAGACCAGAGUUUGGAGCUAUCAGAGUCAGCAGCAGGAGAUAUGGGAAUCACUCAAUCUGCAGACACACCUGAAAGUUCUGACGUGGGAUCUUGUUCCCAGAGAGAUGAAAGCCGUGAUGAGAGUGAAGUAGGGAAUGGGGACAGCAGCUCUCUGGAGCAAGAGGAGAUGGAGGGAAUAAAUGAGGACUCAGCAAUGGAUCAGUCAGGAAAUGACGAGCAAGAAUCAAACAAGGCUGAUUUACAAUCUGCAAGUCCAUUAAUUUCAGCAGAUAUGAUACACCCAGUGGAUGACAAGCAUGAAAUAAAUGCCACUCAGCCAAGUGACAGCUAUGAGCUAGGACCCAAAGAACAGGAAAAAACUGCAGAAGACAAUACUGACACACAGGAAGAAGAUACCCUUAUUUCCCAUAAUGAACCCGAAACAGAAAAUAGUCACGAACAAUCCGAUACAAUGUGCUAUCCUGACUCUACUCCAAAGGAAACAUGUCAAAAGAACGAUACGGUAGGAGAACUUCAGAUGCUCUUAGAUGCAGAGACUAAUCAGUGUAGUUCAGGUUUUGAACUCGAUGAUACAUCUUCUGUGACACUUGAUACUAUUUCUCAGAACAGCACUCACUUACCUGAGCCAGAACCAGAAACUCCCACUGGGGAACCAGACUCAACAGUCAUAAGUGAAACAACAGCAGGAAGUGAGAGUGAAGGACAAACUUUGGCAUGCAGCACUGACGUCUCCCUGGCUGCGCUUGGCUCAGAGCCUGAAUCCUCCACACCAUCCAGCGAGGACACUUUAAAACCUGAGGAAACUGAGCGGGUUUCCGCAAACAUGGUACAGAGGGAUUCUUCCAGUGACCAGCAGGAAGUCUCACAGCAGAACAGCCUCACAUGUGAAUGUGAGCACACACAGGUCUCAGAAGACAGAGAGAACAGGAUUUCUUUAGAGAACGACGACCGGACAGAAGAAAUCUCAUUAAAAAAUGGAGAUGGACUACCAGAAACGAGUGACGUUGAUCUGCUAAAGAAUAGUGAAUUUCCUGACCAAGAAGACAGAGCUGCUUCUCCAAACAAUCUAGUUUCAGAAGAAACUGUGGACUUGAGAACUACUGAAGACAGACUCAUUAUUAUCGAGGAAGAAGUCCAGGCUUGUUUGGACCACAGUGAGUCAGUGCUUCGUAAUUUCUCUACCUCAAGCCCAUCUGAUAUUGUAGAUGGUUCAGUCUCACUGGAUGAGCAGUCAAGACUCAGAAGCGAGGAUAGCGAUAAGCCUGAAGUAGUGGACACAGAUUCUGCGGUUACAAAGUUGACUGAGGCGAAAGAAACGCAGGAAGUUAAACAUGAAGAGGACAUCGAUGGACACAUCAAAGCUCACCAGGAAGAGUUAGACGUCUCCCUGGACAAUCAGGUGGACUUGCACACAGAGAGGUGUCCCAGAGGUGUAAACACAGAUGUUGAUGUAUCUAUGAUUCACAGAGAGGGGCACUCGCUGUGUCUCGACAACUCCACACACAGCAGGCCACUAGAGAAGAGACACAGCUCUGCGUCAACAGAGAGUCCUCGGUCUCCAGCUCGACACAGCACAGGCAGCACGACCCUCCGAGAUUCAGGCAGCGACACGGAUGGCUUUAUCAGCACUGACACGGGAGAAGACAGCGUCUUCAGAAAGGGCCAGGAGGUUCUAGCUGUGAGCGACAGUGCCAGCGAGGUGUCCGUCUCCUGCUCGUCCACUGACGACACGACCAGCCUGUGCCAGCCGAGUUCCUCCGCCGAGAGCUCUGAGGAAGUGCGACGGCGAGCAGCAGGCGCAGGCGGAGGAGAGGCCGAGGAGGAGGCUAAAGACCGCGUGACAGAGGUGCUGCUGCGCUCAUCUCUGCUCCGCUCCUCUGUCCGCUCACAGUCUCCAUUCCGCCGUCACAGCUGGGGGCCGGGCAAAAACCAGGCUGGAGAGGGAGACAUGAAUCAACGCAGUUCUUUGCGAAGUACCGGGGACCAAAAGCCCAUCUAUCAUAGAAGAAGUCUUAGCUGGUGUCCCACUGAGAUCCCCUUCAGUUCUGACCUGGAUGAGAUUAGCCAGCUUCUCAGUUAUAGCCUAGAGGGUCUGGCAGCAGAGAGGGAUGAUGGGAAACGAUGGCAGGUGCAGGGAGCACGCUCUUCUCAGGACCAGCAGAGCGAAGACACAGGCUCCCAGGUGUCUCUCACUGAGGAAGGGCAGGACUCAGACCUGGGAGACAGCAGCAGUCUGGACAGUCAGAAAUCGAGAAGAUAUCGGCCAUUCAGACGCAGCUGUAAAUCUAUGACUCUUCCCCUCCGAGAGAGUGUCUCCAUGCUGUCCAUCAGUCAGAGGGACAUUGAUGCUGUGAGAUCAUGUGGUAGCACUUCAAAUUCUCUGGCCUACAGCAUCACAGAAGAGGAGCCUGGCCCUUUAAGGGGAGAUUUUGAAGGAAAAAUUGAGAACAAAGUGAGCCGCACGUUUAGUUACCUGAAGAGUAAGAUGUAUAAGAAGUCUAGGGAAAAAGACAAAGAGAAGAGUCGUGAAAAAGAAGCCAGAGAAAAGGAAAAGAAGGCCGUGAACGGGCAUUUGUUCAGCUCUGUGAUCUUGGGACAUGCAGCUCUUUGCCAGCACUGUAACAAAACCCUCAACGUUAAGGACACUUUCAGUUGUACGGUUUGCAGUGUGUUUGUUCACAAGAGCUGCCGAGACAGCAUUCCUGCGUGUACCAAAGGAAAGUUUUUAAAACAGCCCCAGAUUGUUAUACCAGAGUCGACCACCAUGUCUGGAGUCACUUUAAGAACAAAAACCUCUGCCCCACGGGAAAGGCCCUGGUCAGCCAUUUUGUCUCCAGACGACCACCUCUCUUUGGUGGCCACUCCCCGUAGACACACAAGCAUCAUGCCUUUCAACAGCAGCAACCUGUCCAAAAGCAUGUCCAUCAGCAACAUUGCAGCAUUUGAUGAAAUGCCAUUAAAGAAUCUGAGAUAUUUAUCCCAGUCAACUGACAAUUUGCACAAAGCCAACAAGGUCAACGAGUCCACCGAGUCUCUGAUAGAUGAAGGAACGGAGAUUGAUGGGCAGCUGAUGGGAGAGUUCGAGGCGGAUGCUAAAGAGUUGGAGGCUGACUCGUGGAGCUUGACAGCGGAUAAGAAAUACCUGAAGCAGCUGAAAAAGGACGUCAUCAAGCAGCAAGAUGUCAUUUAUGAGCUGAUUCAGACGGAGAUGCACCAUGUGCGUACGCUGCGGAUCAUGGCGGACGUGUACAGCAAAGGGCUGCUGAAAGAGGUGCAGCUGGAGGCGCAGACGGUGGACAAAGUGUUCCCCGUGCUGGAUGACCUACUGGAGAUGCACACACACUUCUUCAGCAGCCUGCUCGAGAGGAGGAGAGAAGCCAAGCAGGCGGGCAAAGAUGGAGCCUUCGCUGUCCACAGGAUUGGGGAUAUACUGGUCAAACAGUUUUCGGGCUCCAAUGCUGAAAGCAUGAAGAAAGUUUAUGGGAAGUUCUGCAGCCGUCACAACGAAGCAGUGAACAUGUACAAGGAACUACACACCAAAGACAAACGCUUCCAGACUUUUAUCAGGAAAAAGAUGAGCAGCAGUAUUGUUCGUCGCCUGGGGAUCCCCGAAUGCAUAUUACUAGUCACUCAGAGAUUAACAAAGUACCCGGUCCUGCUGCAGAGGAUCCUGCAGCACACCAAAGACAAUGAAGAGGAAUAUGAGAACCUCACACAGGCUCUGCAACUCAUCAAGGAUGUAAUAGCUGCCGUGGACAACAAAGUGAACAAGCACGAGAAGAAGAAGAAGCUAGAGGAGAUCUAUAACCGGACAGACGGCAGAACCAUCACACGCAUGAAGAGCGGUCAGAUGUUUGCUCGAGAAGAUCUGAUACGAGGAAGGAAGCUCCUUCAUGACGGGCCGCUCCAGCUGAAAACCAUGGCAGGAAGACUGAAGGAUGUUCAAGCCUUGCUUCUCACUGACGUCUUAAUAUUCCUGCAAGAGAAGGACCAGAAAUAUGUCUUCGCUUCUCUAGACCAGCGCGCCACCGUUAUCCCUCUACAGAAGCUAAUCGUCAGAGAGGUAGCUAACGAGGACCGGGGUUUCUUCAUCAUCGCAGCAGGCAUCGAGCAGCCAGAGAUGGUGGAAGUUCAUGCCACUUCAAGAGACGAGCGCAACACAUGGAUGCAGCUGAUUCAGAGCGCUAUGCAGUCUAGGGAAAAGGACGAUGACGAGGGCAUCCCUAGUGAGACGGAGGAAGAUAAAAAGUUGCUGGAAUCCAAAGCGAAAGAGAUGAGAGCCAUGCUUCAGAGGAAGGAUGAUCAGAUCCUGGCUCUCCUGAACGAGAAGAUAAAGCUCUUCCAUGACAUGUGUGGCUCUGGAUCACGUGAAGACACGGCCUCGGCCAUCAGGAUGCUGUUCAGGGCCUGCAAUGAUGACAUGCCCAAAGGAGAGAAUAUCAUGAAGGAAGCAAUUAGAGAAGUGGAGAUGUUGCAGACGCUGGUCCACAGCGGUCUGGGAGGAGCCGUGAGCCAGCAGGGGGCCACUGAUCCCGGAAACACAGCUUCGGUGCUUCUGCCUCGCAGAUCCGAGACUUUUGGAGGCUUCGACAGCCACCAGAUGAAUAGCUCCAAACACGGCGAUAAAGAGGAGGUCGAGGACCUGAGGAGGACAGAGUCCGACAGCGUUCUAAAAAAGGGGGGAAACACCAACCUGCUGCUCGUGCUGAAGAGGAACAGAGAGCAGGUCCUGAGCAGUGUUACACAUCUCCAUGCUCUCCUCAGUUCACUGCAGGCUCUGGUGGUUCAGCAAGACACCUUCCUGGAGGAACAGCGUCAGGCUGUAAGCGAGCGUCCGUCCUCACGUCCCUCGUCUCGGCCUCCAUCUCUAGUGGAGCAGGAGAAGCAGCGCAGUGCGGAGCGCCAGCGACAGGAAGCAGCCGCUCACGCUGAGGAGAGGAAGCGCAGGGAGAAGGAGUGGGAGGCACGAGACAAAGAGCUGAGCAAUCGAGAGCAGCUCCUCAACGCCAAAGAGGAGGAGGCGCAGAGGAGGCGCUUCCAGCUGGAGGACGCUCAGCAGGAGCUGCAGAGCAAGAAAGAAGACUACCAGAAGGACCUGGAAAGACUGAGGGAUGCACAGAGGAGGCUGGAGAGAGAGAAGGAGCAGAUGAAGAGAGAGAUGGAGAUGCUGGAGCAGCUCAGGGAGACGGAGAAGAGGGUGAGCAGGACUCUCUCAAGCACGUCAGAGGACUCAUUAAACAUUCAGAGCAGCAGCUCUGUGGAGCAGGAGACGAAGCAGGAGAAGGACGAAGGCGAGCAGUCCACCAGCCCCGGAAAGAAUUCUCUCUCCAGAAUUGACUCCAGACAGAAAGGACGAAACCUUAAUGCCUUCAAUCCUUUCGCUCCUAAAGUCAUGAGCGCAGAGGGCCAGAAACAGAUCCCCAACCGCCUCCUCCAGCUCGCCAGGCCCAAAGAGAAGAAAGACAAGAAGAAGAAGAAAAGCAAGAGCAAGCCCACUCAGGAAGCAGAAUCCCAUCUGCUGCCACUGACAGACCCUCCGCUGGAUGGGGAGAUUUUCUGCUGAUUUGGCCUUCGCUACCAAUCAACUCAUAACUCCCUCGUUCUCUAAGCUAUCUGCACCGGCUGAAUGUAACUCAGUGCAGGAUGCCUGCCAAAGUGCCCGCGCUGUGUCCCUGGCACGCUCCGCCACGCUAAUUGGGCUGAAUUCGCCCUGAAAUAUUUCCACGUCCUCCAUAUGUGGCGUGUACACGUGGGACAUGUUUCUGUAUGUGCAAUUCACAGAGUGACGCUUACUUCUGAAUGUUACACACUCAAACGGACUUCAUCAGUCUGACCUCAAUAUGCCUAACGCCCCAGAAAUCUUUUUUUGUUAUACUGGAAGGCAAAAUAUGAGAAGGAUUAAAAAACGUGUCUUUUAUUAUUGAGAGCAGUCAAAUUAUAGUGGAUAAUUACACCAAAAUGCUUUCGAAAUGAGGUUCUACAAUUAUUUGAGAACUUCCCUCUGAGAUUUAAAUUUUAUCAGGCACUUUAUAGACCUCCAGGAAUACAUUGACAAUCAGUGUAGACAUUAUUAACCCAAGACAGUCUUACAGAGAUCCUUAUACUGUGGUUAUCACCACCUGUUAUAUACGUACAUGAUGACGUAUCACACUGUGUGAUUCUAAAUACUGUGGACGUACUGCUAGUAUUCUAGAUGUAUUUCUAGCAAAACAAGGCUAAAAAAAACUGUAAAUAUUGUAGAAAACAGAGAAAUAAAAUGACCUGCUGGACAGGGAGUGUGUGUGCACAGAAAAUGCAACACCCACUAAAAACUGCAUCAGCUACGCAUACACACCACUUAGGCACGGAGCCUAACAAUCGCCACAACCACUUUCAUUCACAUCAUGGGUUUUUUUUUUACACCAAAUAAUACACCAAAAUGUUCACCCGGCUAGAUUUCAGUCAAAUGGUUUUAAUCGAUCAACUUUUAUAGUCUUUGAUUGAAUCCAUUCUUUAGAAGUCACACUUUGACUUGAUGUGUGUAUCUCAAGCACACUCAAGCUGCUUUUUUCUAUUUUUGUUUGUCUCAGCUAGCACUCGCUUGCACUGAAUGAAUCGACCCAGCAGGAGGCGACAGAGAGUACUGUGUCAUUUAUUAUUAAGAAUGGCAUGUACCUAUAUGUCUGUAUUUAUGUGACCCUAGAACUGAGGUCAUCAGGAAUCACACUCUGAUGAGAGAAAAUGGUCCUUAUACACAAAAAAGGGAAUACAAUUUUUUUCCUCUAUGGCCUUACAAAAUUGAGGACGUGUGCAGUUUCAAUCUUGGCUACACUUUUUACAUGUUUGUGUGUGACUAAACAGGGACACAUACAUCAUGCAAAGUAUUUAUAAUUGCUCAUAAAAGUCAGAUUGUGUAGCUUGAACAAAUUAUGAAAUGCACUAAAAUACAAUGCAGCAUUUUCUCAGGAGUGCAAACCUUUUGUUAAAAGAAAAAAGUAAGAAAUAUUCAGUACUUGAAGGUACAGUAUUGUAUUCUUGCUGAAUUAUGUAAAGGGACAAAAUUAAGACUGUAAAUAUUUUGUGAAUGAUAGUAACUGUAUAAGAAAGGACCGUAUGUUUGUCUAAUUUGUAGCUGAUUUCACUAUUUUGUAAGAAGACUUUAUUUAUCAUUGACUUUAUUUGGAGGCGAAAAUGUAAUAUUGUCCUCAAAAUAAUUAAAAGAAACAUGUUUAAAUGAA